UAUAGUUUAUAUAAUGAUAGACCUUUACUACAUUUUAACACUUUAACGGGAAAAAGUACCUAGAAAAAUGUCAAGAAAUCUUGCAAAGUUGAAUUUGAGAAAUAUUAUUUUUUUACUGUUGGGAACACUCUUUGUUUUGCUACUUUAUUUCAUACUUCAUAAUAUUAGUUACAGGAAGGCUCUUUACAAAACAUACACUCGAGUCCUGUAUGAUCACGAUAAUAAAACCAUCAUUACCAGUAAAGUUAGUUUGAAGCAUCUUCUUGCAGUAAGCAUAGAUAUAGCUGAAAGAGGUGGUGUUGAACUGAAAGCUGUUCGAAAACUUGUAGAUGUGCAAAAGGUGAGAAAGGGUAAAAGUGAUCCUUUCUAUGAGGGUAAUGUAAAAUCAUACUGUGCAAUGAUGUAUGGAUUUAAAAAGAUACAUCCAGAAAUUAAGGUAAUAUCAGAAAAGGAAGAUUGUUCAAAAAUUAACCUUGAUGACGAUCAACUGCCAAGAGGAGAGAAUACAGAAGUUAAAACGAUGUUGGAAAGUGUAGAUGAGAAGGUGCUUUCAGAACAGAUUGCAGUUUGGGUUGAGCCUUUAGAUUGUUUUCAUGAAUAUAAAAAGAACCUAUUACCAUGUGUUGCAACUAUGGUGUGUGUGGCAGUAAAUGGUAAGCCUGUUAUUGGUGUGAUACAUCAUCCAUUUCAAAACUUAACAGUGUGGGGUUGGGUUGGCCAUGGUAUAACAUCACAACUGAAAAUUGGCAAGACCUUCUUUAAAGAGUGGACAACGGAACCUGAGAUUGUUGUAUCUCGCACUGAAGCAAGAUUAGGGGCUGAUUUUGCAGCAAGAGCAUUUGGAGGAGAGGAAACCAUCACUUUAGCCGGAGGAGAAGGAUUCAAGCUGUUACAAGUACUCCAAGGUCUCGUUUCUGCUUACAUUCAUUUGUCAUUCACCAAAAAGUGGGACAUAUGUGCUGGAGAUGCUCUGCUGCAGACUGUGGGUGGAAAUGUUACCACUUUGAAGGGAAAGCCUAUUUCUUAUGCAGCAUCUGAUGAUGUGGACAAUAAAGGAGGACUUUUAGCCACACUGUUUAAACACGACUUUUUUCUCGAUAAAUUUAAAAAUGUAUAACACGAUUGGUGUCAAUAUAGCUUUAGCAGGAUGCCAGUUCACACAGGGGUAAAAUCAUUGUAUUAUGCAGUAGUUGAAUUACCUAUGUAAUUUCUGUUUAGUUGGGUACUUCAUCAAUGUGUUAAAUAAAUAUUUGGAUAGGCUAUGUAUUCUAUGAAAAUGUAAAUUCCGGUUCUUAAGAAGCAAACUGAAAGGAUUGUAACUUAACUUAACUUAUAAAGAAAUACUUAUUCAAAAAGUCAGGUACAAUGUACAUUGUCAAAAACAUAAAUAAAUAGUUUUCCAACCUUUUAUA